AUGGCCCCCGUCGACUUGCACCACGUCGCGCUGCCGGCGUUCACGCUCUCGCCCGAGCGCCAGCGCACGCUCCUCGCCGAGCGCGACGCGCUGAUCGAGACCACGCUCGAGCUGCGCAGCGCCUUUGCCGCGGGCGGCCACCAGCUCGACACGAGCGCGUGGAAACUCGUCAAGACGGUUGACGACGUCCGCGCGUACCGCUCGCGUCGCGCGUUGCACGGCGCGCCGGACCAGACGUUGGACGACACGUGCGACAUGGACUCGUCGUCCUCUCGCUCGAGCUCGCCGAGCUCUUCGGUGGACCGCAACCAGCUGCCGAGUCUCGGGUCGUCGUCGUCCAGCGGCUGCGGCGGUAGCGGUAGUGGCAGUGGUCGUAGCAGCCGUCCCGGGCGACGUCCGCGGCGCUUCUGCCCGAGCGUGAAACCCGCGGCGCGACCCCCUGCGGUCGUGAUCUCCGGUGUCAUUGACGGCACGGCCGAAGACGCCGUGCUCGGCCUCAUUGCCCACACGGACGUGCAGUUCAAGACGCGCGCGGCGCACCUCAAGACAGAGCUCGACAACGCGCGGCCGCUCGCGGAGCUCGUGCUGCCCACGCAAGAGGACCCACUGGUGUACGCCGCGGUCAAGUGGGGCCUUGAGCCCUACGGCCGCUUUAGUCAAGCGCGCGACUUUGUCUUCUUGGAAGCCGGGGGCUUGACCACAGACGCCGAGGGCCACGUCGUGGCCUAUGCGAUUCGCCAAUCGGUCGACCUCUCGGAUGUCAUCGACCUCCCGCGGCUCCCCCACACCAUUCGAGGGUACAUGUCGGGGUGCCAGACGUUUGGCAACAUGACGCCGCGGGGCGACACGGCGCACCGGACGGUCGAAGUCUUUUCCCGCGCGUUCAUUGAAAUGGACGGCAGUGUGCCCGCGAACAUGGCCGCAGCUGCCUAUGCCGAGAAGCUCAUGGCCCUUGCACUUAUUAUCGAGUGUGCGUACACGCACAAGCUCGCGUACUUGAUGCGGCGGUCCACUACCCGCAGCCAGUGCGGCGCCCAGUGGUACCGGCACUCGAGCAACACUUGCACGAAUUGCACGCGGGCCGUGUGUCGCGUGCUGUUUCGACCGCUCCAAAGCGGCGGCUCCUGUCGCAUCUGUCAACGGACGUUCUGCGGCAAAUGCUCAAUCACGCGGAAGAUGUACGUGACGCUGGGGAACGAAGUGCUGCAGAAAGAGAUGCUCUUUUGUCUCGAGUGUUUGUUGGAAGCCAAGUCGCUCGAUGCACAUGUAGUGGCGUCGGAUAAAAUCAAUUGGUAA